CCACUUCAAAAUUGUUGAAUAAAUUAAAAUCCUCUUCGGAAAAUGACACAAAGUUCCAUUCAUAGUGAGAAAAUGUGUCUUCCCAAACUUCCCUACUACCGUUUUAUUGUGAUGAUGGUCGCAUUUUUCUGUCUGAUGAGCAUUUUCUCCAAUUAUACAAUUAUGAAUUUCGCAUUUAUUUGCAUGAAAAAUGAUAUGCAAGGAGCAGUGCAAGGAGCUAAUGGGACCCUCCAAUCAAUCUACGACUACACGUCAACAGGAAAAGCGCAACUUAUAUGGGCAGUCGCAAUUGGUACAAUAAUCGGAACUGUUCCCUACAACUGGAUGUAUGUAAAAUAUGGCGCCAAGAAUGUGUUCCUCUCAGCUGGUAUUAUUUCUCUUGUGGCUACUUCGUGUACACCAUUUGCAGCUGGGAAUAGUUAUUGGUUAUUGCUGGCCAUUAGAUUAAUUCAGGGAAUCGCUUACGCAGCAGAUUUCGCCGUAAUUGGCAUAAUUUGCGUGAAAUGGGCUCCACACGAUGAAGUCGCCUUUUUCGUGUCGGUUCUUACCGUGUUCUCGCCGUUUGCUACAGUAAUCACGACUGCUGUCACGGGAUUCCUAUGUACUUCAAGCCUUGGCUGGAGAUUCUCAUUCUAUGUACACUCGAUCGCCGGAGCACUAUGCUUUGUUUUAUGGUAUUUUGUGUAUUCGGAUGAUCCAUUGUCACAUUCUAGUGUGACUUCAAGAGAAUUGGCCAAUAUUCAGAAAGGCAAAUCUGCAGCUCAUUUUAGCAAGAGAAGAGAAAUCCCAUACCUAAAAAUGAUAACUAACUCUGCUCUAGCCUGCACGUGGUUUAAUGCAUUUAUGGACCUCUCAAUGUCGAUUAUGAUCAUCACAUAUUCCCCAAUCUAUUUUCAUACGGUUCUGGAAUUUCCGAUUGAGCAAACCGCAUUCAUCAUUGGCAUCACCAACUUUGCACAGCUCCCAUUCAAAUUUGGUGCGGCUUUUAUCAGUGAUAGAAUAACUUCAAUAAAUCCAAAGGCUAAAAUGCUCAUUUUCAACACAAUUUCCUGUGGAAUAGUUUCAAUUUUGUUCGGUGGAUUGGGAUUUAUUUCGAAGGAUCAAAAAUGGGUUGCAAUGUUUUUACUGAUUGCAGUGAAUUGUCUAAUGUCGACAAACUGCGCAGGCUUCUAUCAGUGCGGGAGACAUGUAUCUCAACAAUUCGCGGAUGUCGUAAUUGCUGCUAUUCAAUUCUGCAAGUGCCUGGCCCUAUUCUUUGUGCCAGCAAUAGUGGCGGCUACCGUAACCGACGAGUCUGACCGGGGCCAGUGGUCCCACGCGUUUCUCGUCAUGUCCGGGCUGCUUUUGGUGGCAAAUUUUUCUGCCUAUUUCUUCUUUACCGACCAGCCAGCCGAUUUUACGAAAUGUGAAGAGCCACAUGAGUUUCCGUUGAAAAAAUCGAUUGAAGCACAUGACUAAAUUACUUUAUUGGUUGUAUGAAUAAAUUAUGUAUUCCGAACAAA